AUGAACGCCGAUAUUGCAAGGGAAAUCAAUGCCAUAAACCACAUACUCGCUACCGUACCGUUCAGAAACACCUCGGCUCCACUCCCCUACUUUCUAGACACUUACAAGUUGCAAUACGAGGAUAUGGUGCCCAUUAAUGACGCCAACAAGUUUCCUAUUGAGCCGAACAAACUUCUCAAACUUGGAAUCUCGCUUGGAAAUCUCAUCAAGACGCUCAAGUUAGACGAGGAAAUGCACCAGGAACAACAGCAGCGCCAAAGUCUGUUUAUUGCUAGUCUUAACAAUUCGGUGUCUCGACAUCCCAGCGUGAACCAUUCGCUGGCUUCCAUCAAAAGUCCUGUUUCUGGCUACUAUGACCCCUACGACCCGUUCCAUGGUGAGCGCCCGUCUUCAACCGUCACCAAUAGCGCUAAUAAUCAGUCUCUCCAACAUGUCAAAUUUGUUAAAAACUUACUUUUAUUGCUCAAAAACUUUGAUAUCGGCACCACCACCUCGGCAGGAACCAAGCUACACGAGCUCUCGAGCAAGGCAUCUAAUCUGAGUCUCAGCAAGAACUCUUCACCCAUCAAACUCAACUCACGUCAACUCUUGAUCGAAAAGUUGGAGAUCAAUAUAUCUCUAGACGUGCUAUUUAUUUACAAAAUCACCAUGCAAUUGGUGCUUUCUAUCUACGUUACCCUCCAGUCGCAUAUAGCAGGUGCCGACUUGAGUUCUUCCACCGACGACAAAAGCAGUAUCAUGGAGAGCUCGUCUAUUUUUUCGAGCAACUCGCUCAAUUCGUCCAACGACUCGAUUUUGUCUGCCGACGAAUACGUCAGAAUCCUCCACAAUAUCCUAGCAAGAAUUUCAACCGGUUUAAUCGAACCGUUCUUACAGCUCAUGUUGCUGGAAGUGGUCAAGCCCGGCCUCCAUCAGGGCUUCCAAACCCUCGUGGACAGGCUUUCUUAA